GAAGUUCGUUAGCGAUCUCGGAAGGAUGCAGGGAAGAUGGCGAUGAAUGUAAAGAACAUAGAUACAUUUUAUCAAAGUGCUGAAUACUGCAGUAAUUACAAUUCUCAACCUGUAAACUAUGGGAAUAGCAGCCAUUAUGUUCCUCGGAUACCAGGUCCAGAGUCUGCUCUGGAGCUGCCGCUGAAUCUAAUAUGCCCACAACAACCCCAGCCCUUCCAGCCCAUUGCUCCUACACAAGCCCUCAGACCACCUCCAAUGAUGGUACCUCCAGACCCUCUGCGCUUUCCCCUCUGCAGCCCCAUGUCGGUGAAGCCUCCCCCUCACCUUCAGCUGGUGCCAAGCUCACCUCUCCCUGGGCCACCCAUCCCUAGCCCCAAGCCCCCAGAGGAAGAGAGCCAACCGGGAAACGCGGAUCAGGAUGCCACACUGGAGGAGCUGUGUAAGCCACUGUACUGCAAACUGUGUAAUGUCACCCUCAACUCAGCCCAGCAGGCCCAGGCUCAUUAUCAGGGCAAAAACCACAGCAAAAAACUGCGUAAUUUCUAUGCUGGUAGCCAGCAGCCUCCCCCUAUCAGAAUACCAGAAGUGGUUGAGCCUGUUUCCCAGCAACCCUCAUCCACUCCUCCUGCAGAGACUGCAACAGCUAAGCAGCCCGUCUCCUUUAAAGGCGUGAGCAGAGUAAUCCUGGCUACAGAAAACGACUACUGCAAGCUGUGCGAUGCCUCCUUCAGUUCCCCGGCAGUGGCCCAGGCUCAUUACCAGGGUAAAAACCACGCCAAGAGACUGCGGCUGGCGGAAGCCCAGCAAAACGCCAGCUCAUCUGAGUCGUCAGAUUUCACUCAAAGGCAACCCAGAAAAGAGGGGAGUGAGUACAGACUGAUCAAAAACCGAAGGACUAGUCACAUCACUCCUUCUGUACCAGGGCCUUACUACCAUCCGCGGCCCAGGCAACGCAUUCCCCGUGAUCUGGCCAUGUGUGUGACGCCCAGCGGUCAGUACUACUGUUCCAUGUGUAACUGUGGAGCCAGUGAAGAGGCCGACUUCCGUCAGCACCUGGAGAGCAAGCAGCACAAGAGCAAAGUGUCGGAACAGCGAUACCGCAGUGAGAUGAAAAACCUGGGAUAUUCUUAG